UAGUGUUAAUAGUGUGGGAAAAGAGGAGCUGAGGGCUUCAUUGUUAUUAUGUUAUUAUCUGUUGAUCACUAAGUAUUUCCCUGUGUGUAGAAUAGCUGGUGUUCAGACGCCAGUGACUCUUCAGAAACUCUGUGGGUAAAGACCUGAGGUGUUUUUGGAGGUAUAGAAAAUGGCUCGUGUCUCAGGUUUUGUUUCCUUGAAUGAUCGUAGUGUUUUUAGCAAAGCUUGCCAGACUCUGGAUCGAGAGAGACUUCAGACCAUCAUUGAUCAGUGGAACUCUGAGAGACUGGACCUGUUCGAGAUCAGUCAACCUGAUGAGGACCUGAAUUUUCAUGGGGUUAUGCGAUUUUACCUUCAGGACCACAUCACAGGGAACUUCUCAACCAAAUGCAUUCGUGUCUCCAGCACUUCUACCACACAGGAGAUUAUUGCCACUCUGCUUGAGAAAUUCAAGCUUGAUAUCAAAGCUGAAGCUGAUCCAUAUUUUAUGUAUGAGGUCUCUGGAGAUAAAGAAGGAAGACGAUUGGAUCUUCAUGAACAGCCCUUGAUGGUUCAGCUUAGCUGGAAUAAAGAUACUAUUGAAGGCCGCUUCAUAUUGAAAAAGGAUGGUAACACAAAUUUGCAGAAUAAUGGCGUAGAUGGCAAAGAAAAAGUGGGAGUGCUACAAAACUUCAAGAGGACCCUGUCAAAAAAGCAUAAAACAAAUAAACAGAAGAAAAAAGAGAAUCUCGACAGCCAUUGCAUAGAGACAGGGGAUCUGCCUAGUGAUGGCAUUAAUUGCAAGAACAGUCAUGAACAAGAGAAAAGAACGUUGGUUGAUGAUCUUAAGGCGGGGAUGAAUCCAGCAGAUCCGGAAUGUUUUGAACUGAGGAAUGAGGAAAUUAAGUCAGAACACAGCAACCGAAAGCCAUCAAGCAGCACAGUCAGACCAGCUGGCAAAGUGGUCUGUAGUGAGCAAUCCAACAAGAGAAGAUUGUUAGAGUACAUUACUCAAAAGCGGGAGCAGACUUCUGAGUCUUGGAAUGGCUCAAAUGGAAGCACUGUACCAGAAAACUCUGUGCCAAAAUGGAAUCUACCACUAAGCAUAAAGCUGGAAGAAAAAAAAGAAGAAGCCUUCUUGCUUGCUGUAGUGAACUACACCAACAGCUCCACGGUUCACUUUAAGCUCUCUCUGGCCUAUGCCUUUUAUUUGGCAUGCCGAUUUGUGCUCACUCAAAGUGAGGAGAGGAACAAAAAUCCUAAAAAGACAGCACAGAGAAUUUCUACCAUUGUUAACAAGAUUGUGCGUCUGAUGGACAAUGUUAUUCAGAAACAGAGAAGCAUUACUGUGGCUCUUACAUUCUGGAUGGCUAAUGCCUCCGAGUUCCUGAACUUCAUCAGGCAGGACAGUGAUCUGGCCAACAUCACCAUCAGCUCUCAGAAUGCUCUGGGUCAACUGGUUCAAAAGGCUUUCAAGUACCUUUCAAAUCGUCUCCUGGCUGACCUUGAGAGUCAUCUGCCUGGAUUUGUCACUGAUGCUGGAGAUGAGACAACCCAGGCAGGGAUAGACAGUGUGUUGGCCAGUUUCUCCAGGGCUAUGACUUUAUUGCGCAGAUUUCGGGUCAACCCUGCUCUCAGCAUCCAGCUCUUUUCUCAGCUCUUCCAUUUUAUGGGGGCAUGGCUCCUGAACAGACUCACUGUAGCUGCCUCGGGCUCCAAUCUGUGCUCACACUACUGGGGCAUGACCUUGCGCCAGCGGCUAAAUCACGUGGAGGCCUGGGCAGAGAGACAGGGACUGGAGCUGGCUGCUGACUGCCACCUGAGCCGCAUUAUUCAGGCGACAACUCUGUUGACCCUGAACAGCUAUGGUGUUAAAAAUGCUGAGAAAGUUCAUUCUGUUUGCUUCAAGCUGAACUCAUUGCAGCUGCGGGCAUUAAUGACCAAGUAUCAAUAUGCACCCAAGCAACCUCACAUUCCACAUGAUCUGAUAGAGAGUGUGGUGGCAAUGGCAGAGAGUGAAGAAAAGGAUGUGCUGGAGAAAGAAGGCACAGAGAUUAAAAUAGAGGAAGACCUACAGCUUCACUUGCCUUUUCUGCUGCCUGAGGAGGGCUAUUCAUGUGAGAUUCUGCAAGGUGUUCCACAGGGCUUUAGAGAGUUUCUAGAGCCAAUCUGCCAGAAAGGACUUUGUACACUAAUCCCUCACCAGCUUUCUCUUGGGUCUUGGACUGUGCACUUUCAGACCUCAGACUUAUCCCCUGGAAACAGGGUAAAAUGUAAACCAGCCAUUGUGAAAAUUACACUGAAGAAACCUUCGCAAAGUGGAAUGGGCAUAAGCAUCGUAGCAGCUAAGGGAGCUGGACAAGAAAAGCUGGGAAUCUUUAUCAAAUCUGUCGUCCGAGGGGGAGCAGCAGAUGUGGAUGGCAGACUGACUCCAGGGGAUCAGUUGCUUAGUGUGCAGGGCAAAAGUCUUAUUGGAAUGUCACAAGAACGGGCUGCAGAGAUAAUGUUGUGCACUGGAUCAUCUGUAACUCUGGAGAUUGCCAAGUUAGCAGCUGUUUACUAUGGUCUGGAAGAGGUGUUGAACCAACCAUCCCAAUCAAGAUUUAGAGAAUUGUAUUUAACAGAUGGUGAUAUUGCUGAACAAGCCACACAGCCAUCCAGUGGCCUUGAUAUGAGUGAAAUCUCAGGGCAGAUUGUUUGUGCCCCUUCAACAAUACCUAGCACAAAGGGGAGCUACCACACAGUCAAGAGACCAAUCAGAAGGCAAGACCAGCAAUGGCUUAAGCACAGACUGGAAUAUCGCUCAAACCCCAACUUGGCUUAUCCUUUUCAAACGACCAUGGAAAUGUCUGUUGAUUCAUUCACACACAAUCAGAUAUUCACCUCAGUCUCCACUGACAAUCUUAUUGCUGGUGGGCAGCCUGAAUCUGGCCUUUCAACCCUAAACCCUGGUCAGACUGGAUCAUACAGGGAAUAUUCAACCUUGCCAGUGUCUAGACUUCAGGCGAGUAAAGAGUCAAGAACUGCUGAACAGGCUCAUCUCUUCUCUACUGUCUCCCACUGUCAUGACCCCUCUGUGAAACUGGCACAUUCUCAAGAAACCCUUCCAUCUAUGGAUAAAGGAGGCCCCCUUGUGGACAGACCUCUGUAUUUUGAUUCAUGGAGUAGCCAAUCUGUGGAUUCAAACUUUUCUGGACAAGAGAGAAGAAGCAAAGAUGGACAGUGGGAGAUUUCCGGUCAUUCUUUGCAUGUGUCACAACCAAAGCGGAUAGAUGUUCCUGUGUCUCAUCCAACCAAUGCUUUUCCAUUUGGCAUGUCCCAGCAGCCUGUUCUCAGAGCAGACACGACCAAUACCAGCUUGUCAUCUACAACUAACACAUAUGGCCAAGUCAGGAACCCACAGCGCACCUCUGCACCAGGUUGCUACCAUUUGGAACAAUACACAGGUUCAGCACUAGCAUCCAAACAGCUUGUUCAGUCUCGCGUCUCACCUCAGAAACCUAAACUUGAUAAGUUUUGUGAAAAAUCUCAAGCUGUUGUAUGUCAGUCUUUCUCUAAAUCUCAUGACAAGAAAAGCAAGAUAAGCUCCUCACAACUGAGUGACACUACAGAGCCACACAGUUACAAGCCUGUUAUGAAAGGUGAUGUGCAGGGCCUUUCCCCAGACAUUUGGAAGCGGGAGGCUCAGGAGCAGUUGAAGAAGCAGCAAAGGCAUCUGGCAGUGGAUCUGCUGGGGCAAGAAAUGUUGCAGCUGCAGGGUAAAAUGGAACGGACCCUGGAGGAGAGUGAGCGUCUGCGAAGGCUCUCUCUUGAAUGGCAGUUUCAGAAGAGGCUACAGGAUUUUCAACAGAAUGGAGAGGACAAUGAUGAGGAGGAAGAUGAACACAACAGUGCUGUUAUAAUGCAGCAGCUUGAGCCACAGAGCAAUGAGCAGCCUAAUGCAGCAGAUUUGUAUAAUGGACAACAGUUGAGUGAGCGACAGAAUCAACUACCACUGCAACAGAAAUGUCAACAGACUGAAGAGGACUGCCUCAAAGAUGCAGGCCCUGGUGGUUCCUCUGAAACUAACAAGACUCAGCGUGUCAGUGUUUAUUUCGGCCAACUCAAUCACAAGAACUUCAAGAAUACAAAAGCUCCAGAAAAUCUGACCUUCAGAGAACGACAACAGCUUUUCUCCUUGACCAUGAAUGAACCAAACAAGGUCAAAAUAUCAUAAACAUGCUCCUGUGUUCCACAUUGCAGUGUUUGUGUUCUUAAAUAUAUUCGUAAACGUUGAUAUCAUAGUAUGGCACAAAAGUACUUGGCACAGUGAACACUUUUUUUAUGUAUACUAAUGAUCUUAAAUGUACACAAGUCUUUUUUAAUUUUAAAAUGACCCAUUAAGUUUUGACAACGCUGUCUUUUAAGUAAAAAUAUAUAUCAUUUGCGCAAAAUGCAGGUUUGUUUAAUGAAGCUAGAAUAAAAUGAAUAAAUGAAAGGUUAAUAAAUGAAACUGUACAGUUUAUUUUAAUUAUUUAACUUUAUUUCAUUACUUAAUUUGCUGGUAAAACUGUACUACCAUUUGUUCCUGUUCUCGUGUUUCAAUGGAUCCAUGCCGUAUCCGUCUAAUUUCAUUAAUAGCAUCAAUCCCGCUGAGUUUUCUACUUUUCACCAAGUAACAGGCCAGCAUUGUCCCAGUUCUUCCAUAGCCAUGCAAACAGUGCACUGCAACACCCUGAAACAGACAAGAUCAAAUGUAUACUGUUUUGUAUGCAAAUAAUACACAUGUGACCAUGUAAAUCGC